CGAAUUGAAUUUUGGAACGCAUCCAAGCAGGAAGCACGUGUAUUCACGCUAUUCACGUGUGUUCAACGAUUAAAUUAAUAAUUCGAUUUGUGUGAGGGAAUACACAGAAUAGUCAUAACGUAUCCAGUUUUUCUUUUGAGUGAUAUUUGUUAACAAUUAACUGAAUUCGAUUGGAUUUGUGUGAUAAAUUGGCAUGCCUUGUUUAAAUUAAUUGAAAAAUAAUUUUCUUCUUCGGUAAUAUUAAAAAAUGAGUAAAACCAAUCUUAAAGACGCAUUCGAGGUAGAAUACAGACAUGGAGCAUUUUACACUGGCGGCGAUAUACAAUGGAGUGCAAAUGCGGAGUACUUAUUUUGUCAGAAAGGAGGUGUCGUGUCUGUACUAUCUAUGAGCAAAGGCUCCACGAUAUUAUCGUUGGGUACAAAGGAGGUUGAUCAACAGGAAGACAUGAUAAAUUGUUUUACCCUUUGUAACGAAGACACAGGCGUGAUCACUCAUCACAAGAGUGGACUAUUCAAAUUGUGGGAUUGGAAAGUUAAUAAAUUAACGAAACUAUGGAAAUCUAUUCAUAAGGGAUCUGUAAUACGAAUAACUCUUUUGGAUAACAUUUUAAUGGCAUCUGGUGGAAGUGAUGGGACUGUCAGAUUGUGGAAUUUGCAACAUUACGCAUGUACGCACAGUCUCAAAGGAAUACAGGGAGUAAUUAGUGUAUUAGAAUUUCAUCCAAAGAAAGAAAAAUCACUUCUUUUCGGUGCUGGUGACAACACGAAGAUUUUUGGUUGGGAUAUCAUUACUGGGCAGGAAAAAGUUGUUCUUUCUGGACAUUUUAGUAAAGUUACAUCGCUUAGCUUUCACGAAGAUGGAAAUCAUUUAGUUAGUUCGGGAAGAGAUAGAGUGCUGAUCCUAUGGGACAUAUCGACUGGAACAUCAUUACGGAUUUUACCGGUAUAUGAAGGAAUUGAAGGAACUUUUAUGAUAUCUGCGAAAUGUCUACCAUCAUUUGUUGCAUUACGUAAAAGUGAUGGCAUAUACGUUGCAUCAGCUGGCGAAAAAGGUAUCGUUAAAAUUUGGGAGAUGAAAAUAGGCAAGCUGAUUUAUGCGCAAGACGAUUCUUUAAUAUCACCUGCUAAGAAAGAGGAGGGCUUGUCAAUUACACAUGUACUUUAUAACGGCAUCUAUAAUAUUUUUGCAGUUGUGUCCGUUGAUCAUAACAUUAUUGUUUAUUCAUUAGAAUUAUUCGAAUGCAAGAAACAGUUGGUAGGUUACAGCGAUGAGAUUUUAGAUGUUGCGUAUCUUGGAGAUGACGACAGUCACAUUGCACUUUCGACCAAUAGUUGCGACAUAAAGUUUUAUGAGAUUGCUUCUAUGAAUUGUCAAUUAUUGCGUGGUCAUACUGACAGUGUAUUGGCUCUUGCCACGACUCCAGCAAAUGUAAAUCUGCUUUUAUCUUCAGCCAAGGAUAAUAGUAUCCGUCUAUGGAUAUUGGAUAAAGAGACAAUGAAGAUAUCUUGCAUUGGACAUGCUGUUAGGCACACAGCCUCAAUUAGUUCCGUUGCGAUAUCUCAAACAUCAUCUAAAUUUUUUACCACUGUUGCUCAAGAUUCAUGCUUGAAACUGUGGGAAUUACCCAGCAAUUUCGAAUCGCAUGGUCAAGCUUUAUCAUUAAAUACAAGUUAUACAAUAUUAGCGCAUCAAAAAGAGAUGAACUGUGUAACCAUUUCACCAAAUGAUAAACUGAUUGCUACAGCGUCGCAAGAUAAGACUGCUAAGCUAUGGUCCGCGGAGAAUUUGCAAUUGCUUGGGGUGUUUCACGGUCACCGGAGAGGAGUGUGGUGCGUUCGAUUCUCGCCAGUUGAUCAAGUACUUUUAACAACAUCCGCUGACUGUACCAUGAAACUCUGGUCUUUAACAGAGCUCAAUUGUCUGAAGACGUUCGAAGGACAUGAAUCUUCCGUCUUGAGAGGGGAGUUCCUAUCACGCGGAAUGCAACUAAUCACGUCGGGCGGAGAUGGUCUUCUGAAAUUAUGGAAUAUCAAAACGUCCGAAUGCGUGUCUACUUUGCACCAACAUCAAAGCCACGUUUGGACGUUUGCUGUCAGCAAGGAUCAGAAGCAUAUUAUCAGUGGAGGUAGCGAUUCAUUACUAGUCAUUUGGAGGGAUGUAACAGAAGAAAAAAAAGCGCAAACCGCAUCGGAAAAAGCACAACUUGUGCUUGAGGAACAAAAACUGGCCAAUUUAUUGAAAGCUGAAGAACUUGUAGCUGCAUUACAAUUGGCUAUAACGUUGGAGCGACCGUUGCAAGUUCUCAAAAUUGUGGAAGCCAUAUUAAAGAAGAAAAAUGAGUUCACGGAAAUAAUAAGGGAAUUAAAACCAAAUCACAAGAAAGCGUUGCUCAGAUGUGCAGUUACGUGGAACAUGAACAGUCGGAAUUCACACGCCGCUCAGGUAGUUAUAAAUACCUUAAUAACAGAAAUCGGGAUGCAGGAGAUACAGGUAUCAGAUUUAUCUUCCACUCUAGAAGUCAUGAUUCCAUAUACCGAUAGACACUUUAAAAGAUUAACAAAAUUUUUGCAAGAUCUUCACUUAUUAACAUAUACGUUUAAUUGUAUGAAAUCCAAUAUUGUGUCAAUUGACACUAAAUAAGUUAGACCUAAGUAAUAUAUUGUGUGUGUACGUGCGUGCAAAUAUAUCAUACAUAAUAAAUGUAACAUAUAUUUAUAUAUA